AGAACAUAACUAAUAUUAUGGAUUCUCAUGCUACAGCCAUUUCAUCCCUCUGUGGUCAGUCUGGAGUGGAGAAAAAAACACACUUGGUUCAGUGUCACCGCUCGCUGCUGAGCAAACUGUCGACAGAGCAACAAUUUCCUGUCUACGUUUGCAACUAUGACCUGUGAGAAUCGACACUCUGCUCCGAGUGUGAACGAUUCCGUUAAACUGAAGUUUGUAGUUUCCCCCUUUGUCGCUGCAUCAGUGUGUCGCCCACAUCAAGUCCUGCUCGGACGCUGGAAGAGUUUCUCAUCGUACUGACAUGAAGAGUGCACACAUGUCUUUAUCCUGGUGAACUUCUCAUCACACACACACACACACACACACACACACACACACACACACACACACACACACACACUGGUCAAAGCAACGUAUAGAAGGUAGAUGUGACUGUCAUUUUCACAUAACUCCAGCAUCGUGCGUCCGUCCGCAGAUGGUUGUCUUGGCCAUGGCCGUGUUCGUGACCUUGACGUCUUGUGCCGUCGGCUGCUCAGGGAACUCGAACUCUACUGAGCUGAAGCUUUGGAGCAGGAGACGUCCACCUGCUGCUGCUGCUGCUGCUGCGUCCAAGGAGACGGAGAAUCUACGCUGUGAACCAACGACACCUCAGGAAGCUCUGACUCAGAUGUACAGAGGAAGCGCCAAGAAACGAGCGCAGAGGGAAGUCGGAGCCAGCGUCCCAUCGUAUGGCACACACGGUGACGACGAUGAUGGUGGUGACGAGGAAGAGGGGGAGGAAGACUCUCGCAGGCCAGGUGACCCCUGCUUCCACCACACGGUCCUGGACCAGGCCUGGCGCGCCACCAACACCACCGCCAAGUCCAAGAUGUGCGACCGCCAGGUCAAGUGGAAAGGCUGGUACCGCCUCCAUUACAAGGGUCAGAGCAUCCAGAUGCCCGAGCGGUGUGUCCCCGUGAACAGGUGCGGCACCAACGCCCCGCUGUGGCUGCAGGGGCCCCACCCGAGGAGGCGGGACGGCGUCGUGACCCGCAGGGUGUGCGGCCACUGGAAGAAGAAGUGCUGCGCCUUCCGCUCCAACCCCAUCAAGGUCAAGAAGUGCCGCGGCAACUUCUACGUCUACGAGUUCACCGUGCCGACGUCCUGCUCCCUGGCCUACUGCGCAGACGUCAACACUCUGGUGUGUGGACGCUGCAGGAGGAACCAGUCGUGCGUGAGCCGGGACAAGAUCAACUGGAGGUGCAAGACGAAGAAAAGAAAAAUGUCCCACAGGCAGGUCCACUUCUUCGCGUCGUACCCCGGCCAGCUCGUGGGCAAAGUGAACAGGAUCAAGUACAGCAAGGUGCUGGUGAACAUGGGCCGGGCCUUCAGCAGCAGGACCGGAGUGUUCCGGGCUCCGGUCAAGGGCGUCUACCAGUUCUUCUUCUCCACCCAGACGUCCAACGCCGGCCUCCAGACCGACCUGUGGCUCGUGGUCAACGGCUACUGGGUGGCGGUGUCUCGCACGCGAGUCCCCCGUCCCGCCACCGUGGGCGGCCUGACCACGUACAUGACCUUCCUCCGCAGGGGGGCCGUGGUGUACGUCACCCACAACUGUGGCCGGUCCUGGGCCAACGCCGCCUCAACGACCAUCACGUUCGGGGGCUCGCUGCUCGCACAGAUGAAAUAAUGUUUGGAAUUAGAUAUGUGUAGAUUUAGAUAUGUGUUUUUCAGUAAACAUGUAUCACUACAAUGUUUACACCUUCUCCUUGUUCAUCAGGUCAAGAUUACAUUUUUGUGGGUCCAAUAUAUAGUUUUUAUCUGAGCUUUAAUGCUAAUGUCGCCACUGUAUCCUGCUGAAUCCUGUCUGGUAUAAUGCUGAAAGAUAAAAAUAAAAUACAUCCAUCCAUCCAUCCAUCCAUA